AUGGUUGAUAUGCAUCACAAACACUGCACUAGUAGGUACGGAAAUCAGAUAGGCCUCUCUUAUCCCUUUUGGACACUUGAGAGAGAAGAGUGCGGCCACCUGGAAUUUAAGGUCAAUUGCACCGGAGAUUUUACAGGGUUUAGUGUAUCCUCCGUUAAGUUCCAAAUCCUUGAUUUGAACUAUGACUCUGGUAUCAUAAAACUCGCCAGAAAGGAUUACCAAAACAAUCUUUGUCCCCAACACCUUGAGAAUGCAGCAAUUAACCACCAUGUCCUUCCCUUUUCUCACGACACAAUGAUGUCAAUACUUUAUUACAACUGCUCUAAUCCAGUGGUGAAAGUUCCUCCCAGUUUUCACAUUAGAAGGCUUGACUGUGAUGACGAUGAUAUUGGUGGGUAUAGUUACUUUGUCUCGUCCUCUUCACGUUCUUGGGAUAUAGCUAUCUUAGAGGAGCCAAGUGCAUCGUGUGAAAGAAAUGUCAGUAUUCUAGUCUCUCGAUCUGCCUUGAGGACAGAAGACGGAAAUCUGACUCUGGAUGCUAUAAAGAAGGCUCUUGAUGAAGUUGACGAGCGUCACAGACACUGUGCUCAGGGGUUUGUAUGCGCCAAUCAGAGAGAACUCCACUAUCCCUUUUGGACACCUGAGAGAGAAGAGUGCGGCCACCCUGAUUUCCAGGUCAAUUGCACCGGAGAUUUCCCAGAGUUAAGUAUAUCAUCCGUUAAGUUCCUAAUCCUUGCGAUGAACUUUCAGACCAUAAGACUCGCCAGAAAGGAUUAUCAGAACAAUAUUUGCCCUCAACACCCUGAGAAUGCAGCAAUCAACCAUGAUGUCCUUCCAUUUUCUAAGGAUACCAUGCUGUCAGUACUAUAUUACAACUGCUCAGAUCCAAUGGAAGAUGUUGAUCCCAACUUUGACAUUAGAAAGCUCGAUUGUGAGGAUGAUAUUGGUGGGCAAAGUUACUUUGUCUCGUCCGCUUCACAUUUAAGGGAUGGAGCUAUCUUAUAUGAGCCAAGUGUAUCGUGUGAAAGAAAUGUCAGUAUUCCAGUCUCUCGUUAUGCCUUGAGGAAAGAAGAAGGAACUCCGACUCUGAAGACUAUAAAGAAGGCUCUUCAUGAAGGUUUCGAGCUUACAUGGAACAGUGACUGUUUUGGAUGCCUAGGAUCAAGGGGUUUCUGUGGUCAUAAUAUGAACUCUAGAGCAUUCAUUUGCUAUUGUGUGGACGGGCCUCACGAGCAUACUUGCGAUAAUUCUGAGAAACAGAAGACAGAGAUAGCAAAGACGAGUCCCUCCAAAAAAAACAAAAGGAGGGUCAGUUGCAACAGGACUUCUCAUGUUCAUGAUAUUUUCAUUAUGCCUUCGAAAGAGAAACAUUUCACAUCAUCCGAGAUACCAGAACAUAAAGGCGCUAAUACAACUACAACAAUACAGUUAUGCAGAAGUGAAGAAAUUUACAAAAUAAUUUUCAAACACGAGCAUACAAGGAAAUUUGGUGAUGAAAUAACUAGAGAGGAGAAAGAGAUUGCAAAAAAGAUGAUAUUGGUGGGUCUCUGGUGUAUUCAGCCUUGCCCAUCAAGUCGCCCACCGAUGAACAGAGUUGUUGAGAUGAUGGAAGGAAUCCCUCCUAAGCCUUCUUUACAUUUGUCUGUAGCUCCUGUUGCAGAAUCUUCUUGGCUUUCAGAAGAGAAUUCAAGCUACUCCGAG